UACAUUUUUGUCAUAAUGUCCCACACACAUUACUCUGCUUACAAAUUCUGUAUCUCUCUUUAGGUAAGAGGUUCACUUGCAAUGAAUAUUAUUAGUUCAGUGGUUGCUGUUGCUGCAAUUGGACUUUUUUGCACAGAUAUUGGAUACUAUCAAUAUAAUUACCACAGUUGCUAUUGGGAAGAAUAUCCAAACUCCUGUUAUUUCUUUGCAGACAGUGUCCUGGUUAUUAGAUGGACUGCUCUUGCCUUUUUGCUUGUAGCCACUCUCCUGCAGUUUUGUGUAUCAGUUUCAUUAUCAGCUUUUGGAUGCCGGGCCCUGAGCCAUAAAGAUGUCAUUCCACCCCAGGUGUUUGUGAUACCAAAUACAGGAAUCAAUUCUCCUCCAUUGGCAUCUGAAAAUCAAAAUAGAAAUGAUAUCCCCCAAAGAAAUGACUUUCAGGUUGCAGAGACUUCAACAUAUUCCCCACAAGCAACAGGAAAUCCAAGAUUACCUAACACUGACUACAAUAUGGAGAACCGAAGCACUCCUUCUCUAUAUCCCUCUUAUCCCUCAUAUAACAUGAGACAGAAUUAAUAGCAUUGUCCUAUCACUCAUGCCAUCAGAUCUGGAUAGGAACAAGGAUGAGAAUGAUCAGAGAGGAAUACUGUGGUCCUGAGAUUACCCAAGAUGCCGUAAAAUGGUUCAGCUGUAACUGGUGCAUCUCUGGUGUUUAUAACUGGACCCACUUAUAACACAUACUUCAGAUUUUAGAUUGUGUUUAAAUCAGCCUCCCUUUUAUAGUAAUCUGUUCUUAUAAAAAACAAGGUUGUGAAAUGCAAAGAUGAAUGUUAAAACAUGGUUGCUUAAAACCACUCUGUUUUUUUAACACAUGCAGAAUUUCCUGUGCACUUAGAGAGAGCAAAUGGUACAAACUGCAUGAGUUGCCU